AUGAGUGAACGAGCCGCCGAAGAUAUUGAUUCGAAAUAUUUGACCUCAUUAGAAAGAAAACUCAAAGAACUCAAGGAUCCGAACGGGAAAAAGGCGACCGCAAAAGCUUUCCUCAGCGAUCUCGCCUCGCAUAAAGAUCAUCAGCUCUUCCGAUUGAUCAGUGGUGCCGAAGGGAAUCAGUUGCCGGGUCGGAACGCUUUCGACGACAAUUUCGUCGACGUCCCCAUUCAACCGAAUUUUGUACAGCGAAAAAUCGCUCCUCAAACGUGCGCCAUCAAUAAGCAAGAAAAGUUGCGAUUGUUGAAGCACGAUAUUGUACAAAUCCUUCACAAAGAAGUGGAAGACGAGCUGAAAGAGGAGACUGAAGAUUUCGCGAAAGAGCUGAGAGAAAUGGAAUGGCGCGAGGUGGCCUUCUCGUCGACACCAAAUUCCUUCCACGCAUUCUCCUUGCCACAAACCUCGACUCUGGACGUUUCAGACAAAAGCAAUUCAUCGAAUUUGCGCGCGUGUCUCAUUGGUGCGACUGGGGUUUGCAGGAUCAUCAACUACAAGUCAUCAUCGACAAAAGUUUUCUGGCUUCGCGCGGUGAUUAAAACAAUAAAUUUGGUGGAAAUCAUGAAAAUUCAGAUUGAUGCCACGAAAUUCUUCGAGGUUAGUGAUGCGAAACUUUAUCGAGACGGCGAUGAGACUUUGUUGUGUGUUAGUUGGGUUCAACAAGAUGUGAAUUGCAGUGUGCUUGAGCAAUUCGUCACCUUGUUUCGAGUCAUCGAUGAGGGGAUCGUUUUUGUGGAAAAGUUUUCACUGGAUAAACCAUGGGCCUCAACAAUGAUCAUCCCUUCUGCCAAUCAUUCACUCCUUGUACUCUUCCCACUUCGAGCUGAGCCAAUGUUCUUUAAGGUAUCCAGUGAGAAAUUGGAUCGUUUCGAUGCGUCAAGUGAUCCAAAUUUCGUGAGCCUUGCUUCGAAUGUGAAUAAAGAUCUGAUACUCCGAAGUUCGCGUCAUGUCGAUCGCGAUUUUGUGUGGAAUGCUGUCGGAAGUGAUGCUGGGAUUUUGACGAUUUCUCUUCACAACUCAAGUACCGAAACUUUAAUUGGGAGCCGUUCUUUCAAAUUCAGCGGUAUCAUUUCGAUUGUCGAAUUUCUCGGGGCAAGUCGAGACGAGAAACUCUCACCCAAAUAUUCGGAAGUGCUUUUAUUGGUCUCCUCUUCAGUGGGGCCGACGAUGAUUUGGCAGUGCUGUGUUUCGGAAACAGGAGAGUUGUCGAUCGGCAAAGACGGUUGUGGGCUGCACGAAAGUACCGGCAAAGAUGUAAUCACUUCGGCGCUUGUCGUGAAAAAUUGGAUAUUCGUCGGCACAUAUGCUGGGAUAUUCCUCGUCUACCAACGUCCAAAGUUUUUCGAUCUCUUGCCAGAAGUGCUCGACACAGCCUAUAGUGUUGACAUCUCGUCUCCAAUCAUCUCUUUGUGUCCUUUAAGCGAUGAAGGGCACAUGAUCGGGGUUUUAACGACCGAAGGUUUUCACGUGAUUCACUAUCAAGAGCGGGUCUCCACGACUAGUGGGCCAUACAAUGCACCGGUUGAGGACGAGAUCGAGCCGAGCGAUGAGAGAGCAAAGCUGACUGAAGAUCCGGUACUACCGAUAGAGCCAAAAUUCACACUGGGACCCGAGACCACUGUACCGAAUUCACCGAAUAAUUUGCCAAUAACAAGUCCACCAAAAGAAACUCGCUUAAAUUCGAAUAGCCGAAAUCGUCGAGAUCUUCCGAGUGGCGGAAGGCCGAGACCCGAUAGUUUGGCCAUUGAUCGGGCCCGGCUC